AUCACACUAACAAGGACCUGAAGAGAAACUUUGACGCCUUUGCGAGUUUUGAUCUUCUUGCAUCACAUGGUCUGUCUCAUGACCCCAUGCCGGUCAAAGAUGAAGCCAGCGGCCACGGAACGCGGUGUGCAGGGGAAGUUGCCAUGGAGGCCAACAACUCCUACUGUGGUGUGGGCAUCGCCUUCAAUGCCAGGAUCGGAGGUGUCCGCUUGUUGGGUGCCACGGUUACUGACGCCAUGGAAGCCACGGCUCUGACCUUCAACAUCCAAUACAUCGACAUCUAUGUUUGCAGCUGGGGCCCACGGGACGACGGCGCCGCCAUGGACGGGCCGCAUAGCCUGACACAGCGAGCGCUCCAGCUAGCAGCUCACCAGGGGAGAGACGGGAAGGGCAGCAUCUUUGUGUGGGCGGCUGGUAACGGCGGGCUGCAUCUCGACCACUGCGGUGCAGACGGAUACGUUAACUCCAUCUACACCAUCGCCAUCGGUGCUGUCACUCAAACAGGGAAGCCCACCUACUUUGGCGAGCCGUGCCCCGGGAUAAUGGCUGUCACUCUGACAGGGUCCAGCGUGGGAGGCUCACUUCCUCUGGUCACUGUGACGAACCUUGGUGACGGCUGCAUCACACAGUUUCCUGGAACAUCCAGUGCUGCACCAAUUGCCGCAGGGAUUCUGGCUCUUGCUUUAGAAGUGAAUCCCGAGCUGACAUGGAGGGAUGUUCAGCAUCUGAUUGCAAAUACGGCAAAGAUUCCUGACCCUAAAGAGCCUGGGUGGACCAUCAACGCAGGAGGAUACCAUGUUCACCACAGGUACGGCUUUGGCGUGCUGGAUGCCGGUCUGAUGGUGCAGCAGGCUGCACGCUUCAACACUGUAGCCCCACAGAGAAAGUGCACGCAAAAAGUCACACUGCAUCCUCCAAGGGUUCUUCCGUCAGGAGGCGUGGUCAGUGUGAACAUCCAAUCAGAUGCCUGCCGUGGGAGCAUGAAUGAGAUCGACACUCUGGAGCAUGUGCAGGUGAGGUUGAGCAUCAGCGCUGUUUGUCGCGGAGACGUCUCCAUUAGCCUGGAAUCUCCAGCCAGCACAGUGUCAUUACUGCUGGACACAAGACCCAAAGAUGCAUCUGGUGCCGGCCUGAAGAACUGGACCCUGAUGACGGUGCACAGCUGGGGGGAGCAGCCACGAGGCCUCUGGACCCUGCAGGUGACGGACCGCAGAGGAGCCGUAAGGAGCUGUGUGAGGGCGAACGAGGAGGACGCAGCUGGAGCGUUACUCAGGGUCACACUCGUCCUCUACGGAACCCGGAACGCACAUGGGAACGCACAUGGUAUGUGA